UGAAUUCGUGGUAACUAAAAAGUCCAGACCAGCCACACUCAUUUCAUCAUCUUUCCCCCAUUCUCCGAUUUAUAGACGCAGUCAAAAUGGCUCCCGGUGCUACAGAGCUUCCUGAUAGGGACGCGCUUACUGCGAGAGCAGUCCCCUCCAUGGUCCUCAGCGACGGCUCAGCAUCGUCUUUGACUGCACCACCAAGCAACAAAAUCGCCAUUGAUCCCGCCACUGGAGCUAAGGAGCGAUUUGCAGUGCGCGGCAACUUCAUCGUCACUGGAGGUACAGGUACCCUUGGGCUUGCUUCAUGCAACGCUCUGUUGGAACACGGACUUGAGGGUCUUGCAAUCCUCGAUGUCAAUCCAGUACAAGCCAAGCAGGAAGUCGCGUCUCUUCAAGCUCGUUUCCCUCACACCAGAAUCACGACGAUGAAGGUCGACGUUACAGACGAAAGGGCAGUACAAGAAGCUGUUGACGAGACAGUAGCAAGUCUCGGUUCAGUUGACGGUCUCGUCUGCUUCGUGGGUGUUGUUGGAUGUGUCGAGACGUUGGAAACGCCUGUAUCUCAAUGGCGCAAGAUCAUUGACAUCAACACGACUGGAUCGUUCAUCUGUGCACAAGCUGUCGCCCGUCAGAUGGUCAAACAAGGUACUGGAGGAUCAAUCACCUUCACGUCUUCCAUCUCAGCACACCGAGUCAACUAUCCCCAGCCCCAAGCGGCUUAUAAUGUCAGCAAAGCAGCCUUACUGACGCUCAAGAACUGUCUGGCCGCCGAGUGGGCUCGCUAUGGCAUUCGCACAAACACAAUCAGUCCUGGAUAUAUGGACACCAUCUUGAAUGACGGCGACGGGAUAUCUGGGCAUCGUAAGAUAUGGGCAGAGCGGAACCCGAGUGGCCGUAUGGGCGCUCCUUGCGAGUUGACGGGUGCGGUGUUGUUGUUGGCAAGCUCAGCGGGAACUUACAUGAACGGGACGGAUAUUGUCGUAGAUGGAGGGGCAAUCGUAUUCUAAGUAGAAGUUCAACAAAGCUGCAUACAUUAUUUAGAGCUCCCCCGAUCAUGAGCGCUGCAGCUACCACCAUCCAGACCGAGUCCCAUGGCCGGGUUCGCAGAGUGUUAGUGAAUGACUUGACAGUGCUGAGAAGCGGACCUUCCCUGAUGGCCUUUGAUCACACCUGUUAUCCAAAGAGAGCUGAUACACGGAGAAUACCAGAAUCAAUCAGGGCUUACGUUACCCGAGUCACAGUCCAGAGGCACUGAAGCUGAUGGGUAUCUGGGCUCGCGUUCCAGGCUGGCCCUGCAGUGAACGUAGAUCAAUCCAUGACAAGCAUCACGACAAAGUUCCUCAUUGAGUCAAUGACACGCCAUGGAUCUUUCCAUUCGACUCUGAUUGAUACCUCGAAGUCAACAGUGGGUAGAAGAAUGUUAUUUCUGAGCUAUAUAAUUCCCUCCUUACUGCAGCGAUUGCUACAAACCACAAUAGAUCCCGACAUCACCCAUCAAUUGCAGCCCAGCUUUAGCAUUCUACAGCAUCCGACUGUAUCAGUCCAUACCAACAACAUGAAAACGGAGG